UCUAAUUAGCCAGUCUCUUCUCGCUCGCCUCACUCGUCCACCCGGCAGAUCCGCAUCCUCUACUCAGGAACCAGGGACGCCAGGGGCCCGUCUACUCUCCAGCUGCAUUCAGAUCGCAGACAACGAGCUGUUGUUGCUCAUUUCCGUUUUUGGCACCUUGAGACGUCGGUGCGCACCGCAAUUACGCACGCAUUUUGAAGAUGAAACAGCAGAUAGCAGGUGUAUUUUAAGGGUCAUUUUUUGUCGAGGACUGGUAAUUUGUAGCUUUGGGUUGAUCUGAGUUGUUGUUGCUGUCAUUGCUAUUUGGACAUUAGAGGCAUAAAAUCUUUAGUGGGCUGUUUUUUUUUUUUUUACGCGUCAGGUGAAAACGGGUGUACGGUUAUUUCUGCAAUUAGGACCGCAGGCUUUUGGCUCGGAGGCUCCAAGUCAGAGUAGCCUACUACUGGAAAAUCAAAAACAACAACUUACUGACAAACAACCCAGGAAAAAGAAAAACAGAAAGGGGAGUGACAUCAAAAAAUAAACGAGAGAGAGAGAGGAAGAGAGAGAGAGAAAGAGAGACACCCCCUGGAGACUAGUUAGGAGACCCGGCCCCCGGUCUGAGAGAAGAAGUGAGAGAGUGAGGGAGUGAGGGAGUGUUUUAAAACCGGCAGGAGGCAUGAUGUCCUACAUUAAGCAACCCCAUUACGCCGUGAACGGGUUAACGCUGUCCGGCCCGGGCAUGGAUCUGCUCCACACCGCCGCCGUUGGAUAUCCCAGUACCCCGCGUAAGCAGCGUCGGGAACGCACGACCUUCACACGCGCACAGCUGGAUAUCCUGGAGGCUCUGUUUGCCAAAACCCGCUACCCAGACAUCUUCAUGAGAGAGGAGGUGGCCCUCAAGAUCAACCUGCCAGAGUCUAGAGUCCAGGUCUGGUUCAAGAACCGUCGUGCCAAGUGCCGCCAGCAGCAGCAGCAGAGCACAGGCCAGUCCAAACCCCGGCCCCCUAAGAAGAAGGCGUCUCCUGCUCGCGAGGCCAACGCAGAGGCCAGUGCCAACCCCGCGAACGGACCCUACAGCCCUCCACCCCCUCCCCCAGGCACGGCCAUCACCCCAAGCUCCAGCUCUGCCAGUGCCACCGUGUCCAUCUGGAGCCCGGCCUCCAUCUCUCCGCUGCCAGACCCCCUGUCUGCCUCCACCACCCCCUGCAUGCAGCGCACCACCACCUACCCCAUGACCUACACCCAGGCCCCGGCCUACAGCCAGAGCUACGCAGGCUCCUCCUCCUACUUCACCGGCCUGGACUGUAGCUCCUACCUGUCUCCGAUGCACCCACAGCUGUCAGGCACCGGCGGAGCCCUGAGCCCCAUCACAGCCUCCUCAAUGGGGGGGCCCCUCAGCCAGUCUCCCGCCUCGCUCUCCUCCCAGGGCUACACAGCCGCAUCGCUGGGCUUCGGAGCAGUCGACUGUCUAGACUACAAAGACCAAGCUGCCUGGAAGCUGAAUUUCAAUGCCGCUGACUGUCUGGACUACAAAGACCAGAACUCCUGGAAGUUCCAGGUCUUGUAAAUAACAGAAGGUGGGAUACGUGGAGGGAGGGAGGGAGGGAGGUGGGGAAAGAAGCGAGAAAUCGAACAAAAUCAAAGUAGGGUGAUAAACCUAAGAUUACUUUUGUUAUGUUUUAGAAGAAGGAAAAGAACUCGGGACAAUCUAUGAAUCAUACCAGCUGAAGAACUAAUGAGCCGAAAUAAUCAAAUUUUCUCAAAUAUAUGUGUGGAAGUAAACUGCUGAUGCUUGACAGUGGUGAUUUUACUUUAUGCAACAAGACAAUCUGCCUUGAAAUCAAGGCUCAACCAUAUUACUAAUAACUAGAGACUUUAAACACGGAGGCCACUUCAUGGAAAUUUUGUACUUUAGGUUUAAUUGUUAGAGCUGAAUUCAUAAACUGUUCGAUUGGCCUUGACUUGGUUUGAACCGGAUCUUAUUCUUUAACUUUCCACAGCACAGGGGCAGUUGUCUGCAGGACUAACAUAGACAAGACUGGAAAUCGACUUGUUCAAGCACAGGAACAGAUCAGAUCACAAAGAUUACAAUAUUUCUUCCUUCUAGAUUUUGUCUUGUACUUUUUUGUGAUGUAUUUCUUUCAUAAAGCUGCUUUUUCUUAAUCAGCAUGCUGACUCAAAAAAAAAAAAAAAAAGCUUUGAGACUCAAACCGACAUCUGAAGGAGGUGUCUUCAUGGGGUGGCCACUAAUUCAUUAGCACGUGAAACAUGUCUAGCAGGCACAAGCUGACGGUUCCCAGUAGCCUUGUACGAUACUGACCCUCUGCAGCCUGCGCGUAGAGCUGGUCACUCCAGCGACUGCAGUACAAACCCGUUGCCUUCGAGCAUGGUUGUAAUCUUUAGCGGAAUGGCUUGCUCAUUGUUAGUUUAAUAGGAUCACUUCCACACAAUUUGUCCGACAAUGGUCAUAUUGUGGCUUUUGGCAGCCGAGUAGCGCUUCUUCCACUUCAUCUCACCGUAUUUGCAUGAGGUAAGCAGACUGUUGAAGCAGCUCGUGAAUAUGCAGACGGCUUCACCAUAAACGUUUUCUGUGGACGAACUGCUCCAGUGAGGUAUUUGAUGGUAGAGAAGACGGCACCAGAGAAAGGGAAGGGACAGGGCCUCCACGCAGACCCCCCCCUCCUCCCCUUUGCACAGAGAUGUCGGUGCCUCUCUUGACUUCAACCUGUAAAGAUGUGAUAUGAGUGGUGGGUACCACUUUAUGUGUUUGAUGUUUCGUUUGAUUUCUAUUUUUAUUUUUUUUUGUAUUAGACUUAAACACUAUUAUGUUUCUUUUAAAAUUUGUGAAUUCGUUGAAGUAAAAAUUGUGGUAAUUUGUUUUGAAGUUGAUAUUAUUAUCAGUAUUAUCAUUAAUAUUAUGUCUUCAGCUGACAUGGACGUUGCUAAUAUACUUUUUUUUUUUGAUGUUUCUUUUGUAAAUAUUAAAACUUGAAAACGCAAUCAUGUCUGGUAUCAGCAGUGUGUUGUUAUGCAGGCGCUCCACCCAACAGACUCUAUUUCUCUUUCUUAAUUUCUAGAAAACUGCCAACUUUUUAUUUUUUCUGUUUAUAUUCUUCUGGUUUUCUGCUUCUUCUUCUUCUUCUUUUUCAAACUCAGGGGUUUAUCCAAUAAAAGUAGCAGUAAUAGGACACAAUGCUAUUUAUGCUUCUUAAUUAUUUACUGUACUUUUAUCUAUUGCUUUCUCUGCUUAUUUUUCUGACAUGAAUUAUUUUGUAUAUUUCAUUUGUCUCCCGUGUUUGACCGGUCUCACCACUACCAUGCUAGAUAGCUAUGAUGUUUCUGAGACAUUAAACGACUUCAUUAAA